AUGGAAUGUGCGGAUGUGCCUUUAUUAACUCCCAGCAGCAAAGAAAUGAUGUCUCAGGCCUUGAGAGCCACCUUCAGUGGCUUUGCCAAAGAGCAGCAGCGGCUGGGAAUCCCCAAAGACCCCCAGCAGUGGACGGAGACGCACGUGCGGGACUGGGUGAUGUGGGCAGUGAAUGAGUUCAGCCUGAAGGGAGUGGAUUUCCAGAAGUUCUGCAUGAACGGAGCUGCCCUCUGUGCCCUGGGCAAGGAGUGCUUCCUGGAGCUAGCGCCUGACUUUGUGGGAGACAUCCUUUGGGAACAUCUGGAGAUCCUGCAGAAAGAAGAGGUAAAACCAUACCCAGCAAACGGAGUGAACACAACAUACCCAGAGUCCCGUUAUACUUCAGACUACUUAAUUAGUUAUGGCAUUGAGCACGCACAGUGCGUGCCUCCCUCUGAGUUCUCCGAGCCCAGCUUCAUCACAGAGUCCUACCAGACCCUCCAUCCCAUCAGCUCGGAAGAGCUCCUGUCCCUCAAGUACGAGAACGACUAUCCCUCGGUCAUCCUGCGUGACCCAGUGCAGACGGAUUCCCUGCAGACAGACUACUUCACAAUCAAGCAAGAAGUAGUAACGCCAGAUAACAUGUGCAUGGGACGUGCCAGUCGAGGUAAACUGGGUGGGCAGGAUUCCUUCGAGAGCAUAGAGAGCUAUGACAGCUGUGACCGCCUGACACAGUCCUGGAGCAGCCAGUCCUCCUUCCAGAGCUUGCAGCGUGUCCCUUCCUACGACAGCUUCGACUCGGAGGACUACCCCGCCACCCUGUCCAACCACAAGCCCAAAGGCACCUUCAAGGACUAUGUUCGAGAUCGGGCCGAUAUGAACAAGGACAAGCCUUUUCCUGCUGCUGCCCUUGCUGGCUACACAGGCAGUGGACCCAUCCAACUGUGGCAAUUCCUGCUGGAACUGCUCACUGACAAGUCCUGUCAGUCCUUCAUUAGCUGGACGGGUGAUGGCUGGGAAUUCAAACUUUCUGACCCAGAUGAGGUGGCCAGGCGAUGGGGCAAGAGGAAAAACAAGCCCAAGAUGAACUACGAGAAGCUGAGCCGUGGCUUGCGCUACUACUACGACAAGAACAUCAUCCACAAGACAGCUGGGAAACGCUACGUCUACCGCUUCGUCUGCGACCUGCAGAGCCUGCUGGGCUACACGCCCGAGGAGCUCCACGCCAUGCUGGACGUCAAGCCAGAUGCUGACGAGUGA